AUGGCAGGGCACGGUGCCACCCUGCUCCUGCUCCUCGGGCUCCUGCCAGCUGUGCUCGUGGCCGUCAGGAUCCCAGGCAAGGGCCGCGAGGUUCUGUACCUGGCCAAGGGCGACUCGGUCAAGCUGGGCUGUCCCUAUGUCCUGGAGCCCGAGGACAACGGGCCCCAGGGCGUGGGCAUCGAGUGGAUCCAGAUCACCCCCGAGAGACCCGGCCCCGAGAACGUGUUCCUGUCCUACCAGGACCACCACGUGAACUACGGCAGCUCGGGGCUGCAGGACCGCGUGGCGUUCGUGCAGACGGACCCGGGCCAGCGCGACGCCUCCAUCCGCGUGGCCGACCUGCAGGAGAGCGACACCGGCACCUACCAGUGCCGCGUCAAGAAGAACACGGUGGCCGUGCACGAGGUCAUUGUCACCGUGCAAGAGAAGCCGCCGGUGCCGCAGUGCUGGAGCGAGGGGGAGCUGAUCGAGGGGGGCUCGGUUGUUCUGCGCUGCUUCAGCCGGGGGGGCACCGCGCCCCUCGCCUACCAGUGGGCAAAGCUGGCCGAGGGCUACGGCGGGGGGCGCCUGCCCGCGGGGGCGCUGCAAGGCCGCUCUCCCGGUGACCUGGUGAUCCGCAGCCUGACCUGGGCCCACGCUGGCACCUACCAGUGCCGUGUCACCAACCGCGUGGGGUACUCGGUGUGCCAGCUCAACCUGAGCCUGGGACCUCGCGGGCGCCAGGCCGGGAUCAUCGUGGGCUCCAUCCUGGGCUCGCUGCUCCUGCUCAGCCUGCUGGGGCUGCUCAUCUGGGCCCUGAUCGCCCGCUACCAGCGCAAGGAGUGCCAGCGGGCCUGCAGCGACUGCAGGAGCAGCACGGGUGGCACCAUGCCCCGGCCCUGCACGGCCUGCGGCCACCACUCGUACUCGCCGCACGGCAUCAGCUACAUGCAGUGCCAGCACGGCGACAGCGACGAGCGCGCGGCCGCGCUGCUCUGCAACGAGGGCAUCCGGCACCAGGUGGCCUGUCCCGGGCUGUGACAGCGCGAGGGGACAGCCACGGGGCGGGGACAGCGACGGGGACAGCGACAGCGACAGCGAC